GAAACAGAGAUUGCUUAAACAAAGAGAGAAAGAAAGAAAAAAAAAAGCUCAAAGAACUCAAAAAGAAGAAAGAUGUAUCAUCAAGAACAACAUCCUGUCGGUGCUCCUCCUCCCCAAGGUUAUCCUCCUAAGGACGCUUACCCUCCGGCCGGUUAUCCUCCAGCCGGCUAUCCGCCGCCGGGAUAUGCUCAGGGAUACCCUGCUCAAGGUUAUCCUCCGCCCCAAUACUCUCAAGCUCCCCAGCAGAAGCAAAACGCCGGUAUGCUUGAAGGCUGUUUGGCUGCGCUCUGUUGUUGCUGUCUCUUGGAUGCUUGUUUCUGAUCGGAGGAUUUACAGCUUUGCCUCUGUCAACAAACUCCAUUUCUUAUAUGUAAUGUAAUGUUCAAAGACAUAGAUUUUGUUGUAUGGUUCAACAAUCUCUCUUAUGUCGUUAUCUCCUUUCAAUUCGACUGUCUUUAAAUUUGGUA